ACCAAUAACAAAGAAGUCUUCUACUUUCAACAAACAGAAGUUUUCUAGCAACAAUAGAACUUGCUCAUAAUGGAACGUGUGUUUUGUAAAAGUAGGGACAUCCUUAAUAUAGCUAUUAGGGUUCCUCCAAUCCUGCCUAUUAUAGUAAUUAGAGUAAUAUACCAAAUCACCAUUUAAUCUUAAUGUUGUCCCACCAAGCCUUAUCUUCAACAGUCAAUACCUCCACCAGAUUGCUGCUUGAACUAGUCAACAGAACUGGCCUUGUUGUAAUUUUGCCUUUCUCCCCCUCCUGCAUCACUCUUCACCCCCUCAACAUGGAUACCUCCAUUAUGGCUGAUCAGUCAGAGAGUCCUAUUACUCCGUUAGCAUCAACCGAUGUCGGUGACCAGAUUGAGCAAGCAGAUCAGAGUCAUCAGACCGACAUUCAAGAAGCUACAAAAUUAGAAGGCAACAAUAGUACAGUUUUAAUAAGUAGCAUGGAUCGUGAUGUUUUCAAUGCUGCAAAACAAGGCAAUCUCGAUAUCCUUAAGGAACAUGGCGAGAAUCUGGACAAAAUAUUGACUGCAACCAAGAACACAAUCCUUCAUAUCUAUACAGCAUGCUAUAGUCGCCCAACGUACAAAGAAUCUGAGUAUAAGAUACUCAAGUCAACAAAAACUGUGGAAGAUAUCCUUAAAAUGUGUCCAGCACUACUAUGGCUGCAAAACGAGAGUGGUGAUACUGCCCUGCACAUUGCGGCAAGAUAUGGGCGUGCUGGUAUAGUUAGAGGUCUCCUCGUAGCUACAAAAACUCAUUAUCAAGGCGACCUUGAGCAAGGCCGUGCGAUCUCAUCAGAAGAUGCCGCCUUGCCGGAGCAAAAACUCAUCAGGAAAACCAACAAGAAGAAGGACACAGCGCUGCACGAAGCUGCCCGUUUUAAUUACUUUGGGGUGGUGGAGAUAUUAACUAAAGCAGACCCUGAGUUUUCCUAUUCUGCUAAUGAUGCCGGCGAGGCUCCUCUUUACCUAGCUGUCGAGAGGGGAAACACUCAUUAUUGUCUUCAAAUACUUGAAGGUUGCAAAAAUCCAACUUACGAAGGCCCAAAUGGUAGAACGGCGUUGCACGCUGCUGUUAACCGCAACGAUGAAGAAAUGACGAGAGAAUUACUCAAAACGGAUAGAACUCUGGCAAAAGCAGCAGACGAACAAGGAAUCAUUCCGCUUCACAUGGCUGCAAAAUUUGGUUACCUUUCAAUGGUUAAGCAACUAUUGGAAUGUGAUGAAUAUACCGCCUACGUUGCUGACAAUGAUGGGUCCACAGCUCUUCACUUUGCAGCAUCCAGAGGUCAUCUAGAUAUAAUGAAAGAGCUUCUUACUCGUUGCCCUGAUUGUUGUGAAUUGGUCAACAACGAAUGUCAGAAUGUGCUUCACUAUGCCAUAAAGGGAGGUCAAGAUGACGUAGUUGAUUUUGUGUUAACGGAUCUGUGGCUUAGCAACAUCCUCUUAAAUGGCAAGGAUGUUAAUGGCAAUGCACCUCUCCAUUACCUUGCUAUUUAUCCCACCUUCGGGAUAACAGAUUUACCAUUUGAUGCUAAAGUUGAUAUAAUGUCAUUCAACAAGGAAAACUUAAACGCUUUGGACAUCAUUCGAGCUAGUAGGGACAACAUAAGCAACGCACUCGAGCUGGAACAUUUAAAAAGCAUAUUGCAUUCAAGGGGUGCUAGAGAAGGUCGUAGAAUUAAAAACCCAAAAGGCAGUGGUGAUAAGGUGGAGGACGAUCAGAGAACCAAGAAAAAUAUUGGAGAAAGUUUACAGAAAGCAAAAGAAACUCAUCUGGUAGUUGCUGCAUUGAUAGCAACUGUAACCUUUGCAGCAGGUUUUACCAUGCCCGGUGGUUACCAAAGUGAGAUAGGACCGGACCAGGGAUCCGCAGUUUUGUCAAGAAGUGCAGCAUUCAAAGCAUUUGUUAUAACAGAUACACUAGCCAUGGCCAUGUCUAGUUGUUCUGUCCUAGUGCUCCUUUAUUCCUCAAUUCACACAAAGUGGAAUUACAUGGACCAGAAAUCUCUGACGUUUCUCAUGGUAGUGUCUUUGACAAUGUGGGCUUUGAUGGCAAUGGUGGUUGCAUUCAUUACUGGCACAUAUGCGGUACUGGGUGGCCAUUCUCCAGGACUUGCCGUUGCAGCUUGUGUGCUUGGCUGCAUUAUCUUCUUUGUCUUUGCACGUUCUCUUCUUUCUACUGAAAGAAAAAUACUAAAGGCGCCACAUUUCCUGAAGGACAUGGUUGGCGGCUAUAUGUUGAUGAUGGCUAACUUGUUAUUUGCUAUGCUUAGGAGGUUGGGUCUCUUUGUUAAUUCCUAGUCUCUGAGAAAUAAAAGGAGAUGGUGAGUCUCUUUGUAAAUAAGUUUGUACGCAGGAUAUAAGAUAUUUCACUUGCUUUUAAUUUUGUGAUGUUGCCCUUUAAUUAAACUUGUUGGUUUUAAGUUAGUUAAUAAAAAUUUCGGAGAUUCUAGAA